UAGGUACCUACUUAGUACAAUUCAAUGUUCAUGUCGUACCUUCCUGAUUUCAACUGUCUUGUUGAGAUACCUACCUAGUAGGUACCCUUUGUUAUAAUAUCACAGCACAACCUUAGAGAUUAACACUUUACUUUGAACAAAGUCUACUUCCUCGGCGUCAGACCUCCUUCACACAGCCAAACCUCUGGAGCCCAUAACUAUGUACCUAUCUUAGGUAGAUACGCCUUUUUCCAGCCACAGAUACGAGCCACAAAUCGAGGACCGGUUUGCAACCCAAUUUAAUUCGGAGUCGCGUCGAAGUUAAGUGGACGCGGUCGACGCGUCUCCUUACGCGAAGCACACAACGACAACUGGCAGCAUGGUAUAGUGAUAUCCAUAUCUCGGAUAUCAACUUUCAAGGUCACAUCUACUUUGUACGAAAAGGGUCUUGAACCCAUUCACCACUUCUGAUUAUUCAUUUAUCGGAGACUAUCCCCCAUUCCUCCAUCAUGUCAUCAGUAGCCUCCUCCACCCCUGAAGAGUCUCCGGGCUCCACACCAGUUCCGGAGGAUCGUCACAAUCUGGUUAUCAGAGAUAAAGGCAAAGCACCCGAGAGCUUGUCGAAAAGAAAGAGAACUUUGACAAAUGGCACAGAGCAUGCCAGUUCGAGGCGGCGAACUCGCGAGCCUGAGUCUGAGGCUGGGAUCGAGGAACAGGAUUUUGAUCCGGACCAAUCUAUGGAAGAGCGACGCAAUCUUCAACGUGGAUAUCGAGAUCUCCUUCGUGAUCUUCAUGAGAACAACGACGAAUAUCUCAAGCUAGAUUCAGUUGGCUUACACGAAACUUUGCGUAAAGCCAAUGAGCUGUCAUCUAAUGUGAAGCAAACUACCGAGGCUGCCAUAGAUUCGAAGCUCUUAGUUAGCACAGCUGAUGCAUCUUACCGCAAAACCGUUCGCCUAACUUCAGGUAGCGUUGCUCAAGGGGUUGAUGUUGAGGAAUUUGUCUCGAAAUGUAUUACCUACAUGCGACUAGGAUCCGGCAUCACGGAAGAUGAUGCACCAGAACUUACCUCUACACAACAACACAGAAGAAGACCUGGUCGAAGCAGCUUGGAUGAUGAGGGAGACUACGAUGACGAGAUUGGUGAUGAAGGUGACAUGUUCAACUGGGAGCAUCUUGGUCGAUUUGCUUGCCUUCCUCAUGUCCGACGUCCAGCUACCCCUGGUUUUCUCCUCGGCCCUCUCUCUGCUGAAGUCAAGAGAAGAAAGAUUACCAAGCGCAGUGCGCCAUUCAGGCCUAAUAACUUGCAGGAAACGAGACCCGAGGUUCUAGAUGCCGAGGCGGUGCAAAGAACAGAAAAGAAUGACCUUACCACCAUCUGCUCAAAGAUCCUUCACAGACUGAAGCAGGUGCAGGACGAGGCUCAGGAUGCUGUGGAAAGUGCUGUUCUGCGCGGAGCCAGCGACGAAGAGGCGCAGAUAUUGAUGGACCGCCACGGUCUUAGAAGUACAGGCGGUAUCGAUCUCUUGAAGUUCGUCGUAAAUCCGCAUUCCUUCGGUCAAACCGUGGAGAACAUGUUCUACGUCAGCUUUCUAAUUCGAGAUGGCCGUAUCAAGAUCGACUUUGACGAUAAAGAAUUACCAACUCUUCACCCCGUCGAUCGUGAGGACGAAGCUGCCGCCUCGAAGCAUCGUGCCCAAAAGCAACAGGCUGUGUUCUCCAUCGAUAUGAAGACUUGGCGCGACAUUAUCAGCACGUUUAAUAUUACCGAUCCCAUCAUAGAACACCGCCAGGAAGAGAGCCAUCAAGGACCCGGAUCUCGGGGUUGGUACAAUUAGUCUUGAUGUUGCUAUCAGCUGUACAAUCAGAAAACGCUAUCCACGGAGACCCUUAGAUGAGGUCCAUAGAUGCUGCUUUGCACAUUGCAACGGAGCCCAGAGGUGUCUUUACUGUAUGUGUAGCCGCCCGUCAGAUACCCCGAACCAGUGGAAGAGUUCAAUUGUAAUAAAAACUUUGUACAAUCCAUUAGCCGUAGAUCGCUCCUGAAUACCUCGAUGGGCAUCACUAGAGCUUUGUGGUCGGUUGCAAGUUGCUAGCUGAGCCACCAAAAUAAAAUACGGUCUCUACAAUGC